AAAAAACCCACAUCAUUUUCAUCCCUAAGAAAAUAAUAAAAAGUUAUCAUUUUUCCUUCCCCCACCUCAGUUGACUCUUUUUCAUUAAACAUACUGCUAAAACUGUGAGUCGCCAUGAAUGCUCCGAGCAAGCUUGGAAUAGCCCUUAUCGUUAUCUUCGCUACAUGUCUUUUAGCUCUUUUCCUAGAACUGGUUUACGUCCUUUGGAGUAAACGAAGGUUUCGUCAACGCAGCAUCGUCAGCGGCGGCGCACGUUCCAUUGACUCCGAGUUUUCGGAUUCACCUUUUUACUCUGCUGCUCCCUCUAAGGAACUUCUUUACUUCUUCUGCUGGAAAAACCAACCAGCUCGUGUGGAACCUUCCUCUGGGGUGGUGUCUCCAUCGCCGACGGAGGCUGCCACGGCGCCGGAUUCAGAGGCAGCCGGUACAGAUGAUGACGACGAGCUAGCGAAGUGGCAGGCGUUGUACGGGCAGUCGAGGGUGUUGUAUACGAUAACAGAAGAGGAAAGAGAAGGAAACGACAGCGUCGAGAACUCCGCUGAUCAGAGUGAAGCGAAAACCCAGAAGCGGGCUUGUUUCUCGGGCGGGACAGAAUCAGCUGGUGACGUGGAGACUCCAUUUUCGACGCCGUGCGCAUCGCCUCCUUACUUCACACCCUCGCCUUCUCCUGAUCGUGAUAUUGGGGUUCUGAUCUUUUCACCGGGAAUUGACGAAGUAAGCUCGCCGGAAAAUGAUGUGUUGUCAGAUGGAAAACUUGGGUUUGUGAGUUUAAGAAUUGAAGGGUAGUGAGGUAAAAGUCAGCCAUUUUUAGUGUUAUAAAAUAUAAUAUAUUUAGCAUGUAAUAUAUUCUAAUUGACUCGUAAUUUUCUACUUGUAAGAUUGAACAAGUUUUGUGAAUCUAUAUCAUUUUAACUAAUACACACCAUCAACAUUUUGCAAAUAUAAAA